CGGUUCAGACUAGCUCUUCCGGUAUUUAGGCCGCCGCUGGAGUGAAUCUCCCAGGCGCAAUUUUUUUGUUUCCCGAAUCGGCUGUGUAUCCGCAGCAUCCUCGGUGCAGCCAUGACGGUGGGAAAAAGCAGCAAGAUGCUGCAGCACAUUGAUUUCAGGAUGCGCUGUAUCCUUCAAGAUGGACGCAUCUUUAUUGGAACCUUUAAAGCUUUUGACAAACACAUGAACCUCAUCCUCUGUGAUUGUGAUGAAUUUAGAAAGAUUAAGCCCAAGAACUCUAAACAGCCAGAACGUGAGGAGAAAAGGGUUCUUGGACUGGUUUUACUACGCGGAGAAAACUUGGUAUCCAUGACUGUAGAAGGACCCCCACCAAAAGAUACUGGCAUUGCAAGAGUACCACUUGCAGGAGCUGCAGGUGGACCUGGUGUAGGCAGAGCAGCUGGGAGAGGUGUGCCUGCUGGUGCUCCUAUGCCUCAAGCACCUGCUGGAUUGGCAGGACCUGUCCGUGGUGUGGGAGGACCUUCGCAACAGGUGAUGACUCCUCAGAGCCGUGGAAACGUUGCAGCUGCUGCAGCAGCUACAGCUAGUAUUGCGGGUGCUCCAACACAAUAUACUCCAGGUGGUCGUGGAGGGCCCCCACCUCCCAUGGGAAGAGGAGCACCACCUCCAGGUAUGAUGGGACCACCACCAGGCAUGAGACCACCAAUGGGCCCGCCCAUGGGUAUGCCUCCAGGCAGAGGAGGACCCAUGGGAAUGCCACCCCCUGGUAUGAGGCCUCCCCCACCUGGCAUGCGAGGACCCCCACCACCAGGAAUGAGGCCAACAAGACCUUGAGACCUGCUUUGCGUACACAUCAAUGUAAAGUUUUUCUGUGCAUCACAGGACAGUUCUGAUUCAAUGUUUGUAACUUUUUAUUUUCUUUUCUUUUGUAAAUGAGUUUUUAAUAAACUUUAAAAUCUUA